AUGGAUUCAUAUAAGAAGAUUUUGAUCAUUGGCGCGGGAGGCGCUUUGGGUGUCCCAAUAUUGAACGAAUUCCUGGAUUCAGUUUAUGAUGUGAGCGUUCUUAGUCGCAAAGAUUCUACUGCAACAUUUCCGGACGGUGUGAAGAUUUUCAAGGCAGACUACAAAGACUUUGCGGAAGUCAAGGCUGCCAUGGAAGGGCAAGAUGCUGUGAUCAGCAAUAUCUUUGUAGACGCCGCCCUCGCAACUGGUGUCAAGAGGUUUUUCCCAAGCGAAUAUGGUCCCUAUACCAGGGAUCCCAGGAUGCUUGAGCUCCAGCCUUAUAGCACCCCGUAUAAGAAAGCUCUCGUUGACUACCUUCGAACAAAAGAGAAUCAAAUAUCAUGGACGGCUCUGGUUACAGGCGGAUUCUUCGAAUGGGGUAUGGGAAACGGCUUUUUCGGCUUCGACCUUCCGAACAAGACCGCAAUUUUGACCGAUGAUGGAGUUAGCGCCUGGGCCUCCACUACGAUGGGAACGAUCGCCGGAGCCAUUAAGGCCUCUCUUGAUCACGCUGACGAGACUAAGAAUCAAUACGUCUUUGUUUCGUCCUUCCACCACACUCAGCGCGAGAUACUUGACAUCAUCGAGAAGGUUGAUGGAAAGAACUGGAAUGUUGUGCACGUUAGAUCCGAAGACCUCCUUGCCAACGGCAAGAGAAGAGUCCAAUCGGGUGAUUUUGCUGGCAUCAUGGAUUUGACUAGAGGUGUCGCCACGGGCAAGCUCGGACUAGUCGAUCUGAGGCCUCAUGGGCUUUGGAACGAGAAGUUAGGGUUGCCUGAGGAAGACUUAGAGGCGGCUCUCAAAAGGAUUGUGGAGAAAACUUUUUAA